AUGGAUUCAGGUCCAUUGCAGCUGCCCGCUGACCCCACAGAGCGCCGCCGGCUGCAGAACCGCAUCGCACAGCGCAGGUUUCGUCAGAAAAAGCAACUCAAACGAAGCACGGACCGUGGCCGAGCUGAUCGACCAGCUACCAGCGCAACUAGCAACGGUGAUACCGGGCUUGCGAGAUCGGCCGACAGGCCUUUCGAUGAAGAGGCUUCAGGAAUUCCUUGUUCGGGGAAUGCGCGGGAUGAAGGAAUUGGUUUUGGCCUAGAGGCGAUGGACAGUUCUUUGAAUAGUUGCAGCUCUUUCAAUCCUCCGCUGGACGCGCAAUUCUUGUCGUUCCUCGCCUCUCGCUCCAGCUCCACUACUUCCCCCGACACAGCGCCUCAGGGUACGUCUAAUUCUUCUGGCAAUACAGGGCCAAGUACCGACCCAUUCUCUCUCCACGAUGUGUCGGGUGCUAUCGCAGCGGAGCCUGCCGCUGAGAAUGGCGAGGGCUGGCUCAGUUCAAUGCACAUAGCCGCGCAAAAUGGUCAUGAGCGGAUACUCGGAGUUCUGCUUGAAAAGGGCAAUAUGGAUCCCGAUUGCACUGACAGUGAUGGACGAACACCUCUUUACUACGCUGCGAUUGGGGGUCACGACUCAGUAGUGCGGCUAUUACUCAAUCACGGGUCACGGAUCUCUCAUGUGGACAACCAUAAACGAACCGUGCUCCAUUGGGCGGCGCACUGGACACAACUAGAAGUGUUGCGGACGCUCCUUGAAUAUUGGUCUAAACACGAGCGAGGCACGUGCGACAUCAAUGCGCAUGACAGUCAUGGCUGGACACCGUUGCAUCUGGCCGUGCAACGGGGAUUUGACGAUGGUGUUCUCUUGCUCAUUCAGUGGGGAGCAGAUAUCAACAUGAAGGCGAAACAGUGCUGGAUGACCGAGAGGAAUAUUCCGUUCGAUAUGAAUCUGUUGGUAAACUGA